AGAGAGCACUUGGGAUUCAGUGACAGCAGCUGCUUCCUCCUCACCAACACCCACAGAGCCCCAGUAUCCUCCCCACGUACCCCCAUCCACGACCCUAGAGAAGAAACCCAAUGCCUCGGUAUGCAAGGAACCCCGUGAACCAGUGUGACCCACCUGAAAACCCAGCCAACCCCUACAGGAAUGUCAGGCCCAGGAGGGUCCAGCAGAGGAACCGCGGUGCCAGCAGGCUGACGGAGUCCACAGACACCUCCGGUGAUGCCUUACUGCUGCCCAUCCGCAUCGGAGCCCCAGCCCCCAGCCUGGCUCAGUGCGCGCUGGGCUGUGUAUCCUGGAUCACCUGCCUGGCCUGCUUCCUGCGCACUCAGAUCCAUCAGGCACUUUUCAACAACUGCAGGCUCAGGCUCUUCUUUCAGAAGUUCAUGGAAAAGACAGGUGUCCUGAUCCUCUGUGUUUUCGGAUUCUGGGUCCUUUCUAUGCACUUGCCGUCUAAACUGGAAGUCUGGCAGGAUGACAGCGUAAAUAGUCCACUGCUGAGCUUGAGGAUGUACCAGGAGAGGGUUCGGCACCACAGUGGGGAAAUCCAGGACCUCCGAGGCAACAUGAACCAGCUUAUUGUCAAGCUCCAGAUGAUGGAAGCUAUGUCAGAUGAGCAAAAAAUGGCCCAGAAAAUCAUGAAGAUGAUACAAGGAGAUUACAUCGAAAAGCCAGACUUUGCCCUAAAGUCUAUAGGGGCCACCAUCGACUUUGAGCAGACGUCAGCCACGUACAACCACGACAAGGCUCGCUCCUACUGGAACUGGAUCCGGCUGUGGAACUAUGCUCAGCCUCCGGACGUGAUCCUCGAGCCCAACGUGACUCCAGGCAACUGCUGGGCCUUCUCGGGGGACCGCGGCCAGGUGACCAUCCGCCUGGCCCAGAAGGUCUAUCUAUCCAACCUGACUUUGCAGCACAUCCCCAAGACCAUAUCCCUGUCGGGCAGCCUGGACACUGCUCCCAAGGACUUUGUCAUCUAUGGCAUGGAAGGGCCCCCCAAAGAGGAGGUGUUCCUGGGGGCAUUUCAGUUUCAGCCGGAGAGCAUCAUUCAGACGUUCCAGCUGCAGAACCAGCCGCCCCGUGCAUUUGGAGCUGUCAAGGUGAAGAUAUCCAGCAACUGGGGGAGCCCACGCUUCACCUGCCUCUACCGUGUGCGAGUGCAUGGCUCUGUGGCCCCCCCAAAAGAGCACCCUAAUGAAGCCCAUGCCCCCCGAGAUUAAAGCCUAUUAUUUAUGCUCA